AUGUCUCUCAUGGACAGGAGAGCCGAGACCAUGAUGGUCAUUCCACGGCCAGAGGAAGACCUCGCCAUGAGCAAAGAAAAGAUGAGGAACCGCAUGUCCCUCCCAGUCUCCAGGGCCCUUGCCCCCUAUCCUCGGUCACCGAGCAGUCAGAGCUACCACCCGCGCCCGAUCAAGCCCUCCCACCUCAGCACGAGGCGUCCGACCUUUGCGCCCUCGCACCAUCACCAGUACCACGAAGACCUCUGGGCCACCCCCGAGUCCGAGUCCGACUUCAGCUCCAACUUGUCCGCCCUCAAGCCGCCCCCGACCGUCAUCGAAAGACGCAUCAUCCGCGUCCGGCCCGGCGCGCUCAAGAAGAGUCCGCUGCACGCCAAGCAGGGCAGCCGCACCGUCGCCGCCCGCAACGCCGCGCCUCCUCCGCCCCCUAGGACCAUCCACAUCGAGGUAGACGCCACCAAGAGCGGCAACAGCAAGCAGGAGGCGGCCGCUCAGGCCCAGGCCGUUCGCGAAUACGAGGACACCAUCGAGAGGUACAAGGAGCAAAGGGAGGACAUUCGUCGGAGCAGCGCCGAGGACAGAAACUCCCGCGAGAGCCUGCGCCAAGAGAUCGAGGAGCGUGGCAAGGCCAUCGACAGCCUGCAAGCCCGUCUCGACGACAAGGAGCAGAUGCUCGACGCCCUCAAGGCCAAGUUGGAUGGACGCGCCAAGUCCCUUGAACAACUCCGAUCCGAGCUAGAAGACCGAAGCAGGGACGUAGACGAGCUUCGGGAGACGCUGUCUCACCAGGAGAGAGAGGCUGAGAGAUAUGUCCUCGACAAGGAAGGAAAGGAGGACUUGGCCGAGAGCGUGCAGGCCCUCACCAAGGACAUCGAGAAGCUCAACCAGCAGGUAGAGUUGAUCAAACUUGAAAAGCAGGUCCUGGCCCUGGACAACGAAGAGCUCGUCAAGAGCAAGGUUGAACUCGAGCUCAAGGCCGAAGAGCUCAGGAGCGAGCUCGACACCCGCUUCGCCGUCCGCACCGAGCAGGAGAAGCUCCUCAUCGAGCGCGUCGCCGCCCAGGAAAUUAUCCAAGAGAGCCUGGACCGCCAAGUCGAGGCCCUCACCUCCCAAGUCUCCACCGGCGAUGCCGAGAUUGACCGCCUCAAGAAGUCGACCGCCGACCUCGAGGCCAAGGCGUCCGAGGAGGAGGCCAAGGCAAAGCAUCGCCGCCCUCAAGCCAGCGCGCAAGGCGCCGGCGACGAGAAAAAGGCGCUCGAGGAGCAGAUCGCCGCUCUCACCGCGGAGCGCGACGAGCUCAAGGCUAAAAACGAAGAGCAGAGCACCGAGCUCGCGGUCCUCAAGGACCUCCAAACCACGGCCCAGGUCGAUCUGGAGAAGUUGCGUGAAGAAAACACCACGCUCCAGUCCGACGUCACCAAGGCCCGUGAGGAGGCCGAAGCCGCCAACGCCGCCGCCGCUGCCGCUACCGCUGCCGCUGCCACUGCUACUGCUGCUGCGGCUGCCGCCGCCGCCGCUGCGCCUGAGCCAGCCCCGCCUGCUCCUGCCGAGCCCGCUCCCGUAGAUACCGCAGAGCUCGAGAAGCUGCAAACCGAAAACGGCGGCCUUACCACAGAAAACGGCGAGCUCAAGGAAAAGACGACAGAGCUGCAGGGCCAGGUCGACACGCUCUCCGCCGACGUGACCAAGCUCUCCGGCGAGGUCGAGACCAAGAGCAAGGAGCUCGCGGAUGCCGAAGCCAAGUUGGCCGAGGAGGCCGGCCGCGUGGAGGCGCUGCGCGCCCAAAACACCGGCCUCUCCGCCCAGCUCGCCGAGAAGACGCAAAAGCUCAACGACGCCAACGCCGACAUUCAAAACUUCAAGGUCCAGGUGAACAAGCUCCAGAGCCGAACCACCUCCCGCAGCUCCAGGAGCGGAUCGCCCAAGAAGCGGUUGAAGAUUGGGGACCUCGUCGUUGUGAGGAAUCCCCAGGACCGCACCCAACUGCAAGUGAUGAGAAAAUCCGAUCUCAAGUCGUGCACUUCGUCGCAAGCUUCGGAUGCGGAUGAUUAG